AUGCACAAAGAGUGUAUGAUCAAGUGGAAAACACGGGUACAACAAAUGAAAUCAUGCCAGGGUAUUGAUCAAGACAUUGAGAGAGUAAUUCACUCAGAGAAAGAAAAAUGGAGACAGAUCCUGCGUAUUGUUAUGGAUGCUGUAUUGUAUCUAUCCACAAACUGCCUUUCUUUUCGCGGGUCCCACGAAACUCCUAGCGAUCUUAUCACACAAUGUCCUCAGCCUAGACAAGAACAACAAAAAGGGACAAGUAUCAUAUUUAUUAAAGACAAGAAUGAAAUAAUUGACAUAUUGGCAAAAACAGUUAGAAAUAGCAUUUUAAAUGACAUCAAAGAAGCCAAAUACUACACGAUAAUGUUCGACUGCACUCCAGAUGUAUCCCAUACAGAACAAAUGAGCCAGGUAAUUCGAUAUGUAAAAAGAACAGGCGAUGUGUGUGAAAUAAAAGAAAGUUUCAUUGAUUUCAUAGAAGUUGCUGGAAAGACAGGAGAGGACAUUUGUCAACAGAUUUUAGAAAAAUUGGCAGUUGAUGAUUUAGAUAUUGGACAAUAUCGUGGCCAAUAUUAUGAUAAUGGGUCCAAUAUGGCCGGCAUCCAUAAAGGAGUACAAGCCAGGAUUGCAGAAAGGAAUGAGCUGGCUCACUUCUUAAAUCUUGUGGAAGGAAGUAGUCAGACGAGAUGGUCGGCGAAACAUGUUGCUGUGAAUGCCCUAUUAAAUAAUUUGCCAGAAAUAGCGGAAGCCUUAGAAGAAGUUAAGCAAACUUCUCAUGCUCCAGAAGCUAAGUACGAGAGGGGGGUUUGGGGCAUCGUCACAUUCGCUACAGUAACGGAAGGUACUAACGUUGAAGUGAAAUAUGAAUUAUCGUUUACAAUGAUAGACGGAAAGGUCAUGGAGUUAGCAAAAUUAGGAUGCGAUUCGGUGAACGAUUUCAUAAGAAGAGCUUUAAAGAAGCUUUUGUCAAAUAAAUUAGCCUCACAGGUAACUAUAUGUUUCCUUAAAUAA